AUGACCAUGCAACAAUGGCUCAUUGAGCACUGUUGCCUGGGAAGCACAGAAAACGAGCUGGAUACAAUUACAGGACCCACUGGCAACCCCGAUACACAGGAGACAUCGAUUUGGCCACAAAGAUUACUAGUCCGAGUCGACAGCCACCAUUCAACUCAAGAUACACGCGACUCGCUAGGCAGUAGUAAUGAAUCGCGCGAAUCCGAGGAAGAAACAACACCGAGUAGUAUCCCUGACACAUUGGAUACGGAAGAGGACUAUGAAAUGAACGCAAGUAUCAUAGCAAGUAUCGAAGCACUUCUAGAAGACACGGACUCCGACUCCGACUCCAACGAACCAAGCGAUCUACCGACCCCUUCAUCAAUACCACCUUAUCCAGUCUCGCCCGUCGAACAGCAAACCAUGACACUCCACCAAGAUCUCAUCUCCCUCUUCAUCCACCACCGAAUCGCCGCCAUCACCACCUCCACGCCGAUCCCCUCCUCCCUCCUCGCCGCCGAAGAAAUGGAAACUCUAAUGUCGCAAUACGAAUCCAGACUCUCCUGCCCACUCUAUUCGGGCCUCUCAACCCGCAUCCACCUCAGCAUCCUCUACACCGCGUACAUAAUCUCCGACCGCACUUUCUUCCCGCGGUCCCCCUUCGCCACCCUAGCCUUCAGCUAUCUAAGUCACAAACAGUAUCUGGUGAGUAGAUUGAGGUGCCAGAGGGUGUCGAGCGAGAUGCUGGUGGUGUUUCAGAAUUUGCAGACGGUGGUGAGGGAACUGGAGGCUGUGAUGUGGGGGAGGAGACGGUAUUUGAGGAGGUUGGGGAGGUAUCCUGAGGUUGUGGCUAGGACGAUUUGGAUGUUGGAUCCGACGGUUACGCAUAGGUGGGAUGGGCCGUUGGUUUUGUGAUAGGGGGCUGUGGUUGGAUGUUUUAAAUGGGAAAGGGGGGGGGGGUUGCAGGAUGAAGGUACGGUCUACGCUACGAUGGGCGUUACAGAGCGAGUUGGUUA